AUGUCAGAGGAUGAGAUAUCCUCACUGCCAGCUGGACAACUAAAGCAGUUGAUCAUCGAGUCGGGUGGCAAGACAGACGGUCUAUUCGAGAAGUCUGACUUGGUCGAAUAUGCUAAACACCUUAGAUCAACUCUACCAACACCUGUAGAUGAAGGAACUGUUGCAACACCAGAGUUUCAACGCAAGAAAGUAAAGGUUGACUAUUAUGAAGUUCUAAAGGUUGCCAAGACUGCUACACCAGGUGAGAUUAGAAAGGCUUAUUACAAGUUGGCUACUGAGUUCCAUCCUGAUAAGAACAGGAAUGAUCCACGUGCAGAGGAGAUGUUUAAAGAGAUCAGUGAGGCAUAUCAGAUAUUGUCGGACCCUGAGAAGAGACAGAGAUACGACCAGUUUGGAUUCGAUGGAAUGGAUGAUAUGAUGAUCGACCCACUGGCACUCUUCCGUCUGAUCUUUGGCGGUGGCUUGUUCCAGGACUUCAAUUGGCGAUCUGUCCUUCUAUGA